AUGAUUUCAACUCAACAGGAAGGGAACUCUUUAUUGAAGGAUUUAGAGAGAAUUAAAAAAAAAACUAGGAUUUCUAAUAAAAUAAUAAAUAAUUAGUUAGAUCAAAUCAUAGCAUAAAUUGAAGAAGCAAAAAUAAGCAAUGACUACUCUUAAUUAAAAGAUAAAUUACAAGUAUUAUAUUUAUUAAGGAAGAAUUAUAAACCAUUAACAAAAAUAAAAUAAACUAAUAAUGAAUGCUAUGCUUAUAUUUCUAAGAUGGGUAAAAACAUGGAUAAAUUAUAUAAAAAAAAUUUAUAAUAUGGGCAAGAACAUGUUGAAUUAAAUUAGACAAUCUUGACAAAAGUGAAAAAUUACAAUUAAAUAUUUAGUUAAUAAAGAAUCAUCUUCUGAGAGAUGGAGAAUUUGAAGCUUACGAGAUCUUAGUAAAAGAAUCAGGUUCAGAAGAAUCACAAUAUCAUUAAUUCUUUGCUGAAGUCUAAAAUAUAGUGGAUGAUCUAAAAUAAAGGAAAUUAGAUUCAGCUAUUAAAUGGGCAGAAUAAAGAGAAAAAAAGUCUACUAACAAUCUUUUUUAUGAAUUAUUGAAAUAAAGAGUAAUUUUAUAAUUUAUACUUAUAGGUUAUAUAAUUAGUAUAAACUGAAGGUAUAAAUGCAGCUAUUUAUUUUAUGCGAAAUAAUUCUUCAUUUUAAGAAUAAUCAUAAGGUAGAUUAUAUGAGAUUUGUUUAAUAACAUAUUCAUUACUUUUAUGGCCAAAUAUAGAAAAUACAAAAUAUUACUAUUUAUAUGAUGAUGAAAAGAAUUGGCCUAGAAUUUUAAAACUAUUCUUAGAAGUUGCUUCUAAAUCUUAAAGUAUUUAUCAAAAUUAUUAUAGAUAUUAUGAUUAAAUCAGAAAUUAGAACUGUUUUUUCUGCUGGUUGUUUAGCUAUGCCUAAAUUAAUUAAAUAUAACUAAAUAACAAGAAGUAAUAUAUUAGAAAUUAUCAAAUAGAUAGAUCUUCAGAAGUACUUGUAAAUGAUAUCCCAAUAGAUAUAGAAAUUGGGAAGGAAUAUAAAUACCAUUCAUUUUUUGUAUGUCCUGUUUCAAAAGAAGUCACAACAUCUGAUAAUCCUCCAGUUUUGUUAAAGUGUGGUCAUGUCAUUUCUAAAUUAUCAGCUCAUAAAAUGAUAGCAAACAAAUCAAAAUUGAAAUGUCCCACCUGUCCAAUUGAAACAAAAGGUGCUGAUUUACCUGAACUUAUAUUUAUUUGA